AUGUCUAAAUCAGUGGGCCACACCCCCAUAGCCGUGAAGGAAAUGGCGCAGUUCACAGAGAGGAACGUUAUGGGUGUAUUAUUCGAAACGACAACAAGAUACCAACAGCUGGAGCUUGUGGGCGUCGGUAUCUCGGGACUUGUUUGCUCCGCAAGAGACCGGCUUACACACAAAACUGUUGCGAUCAAGAAACUUGCCGAGCCAUUUAAGACUGCCAGCAUCGCCAAAUAUGUCUUCCGAGAAGUGAAGCUAAUGAAACAGCUUGACCACGAGAAUAUUGUCCGUUUAACUGACGUUUUUAUCUCACCGUCCGAAGACAUCUAUCUAGUGACGGAUCUUAUGGCCACUGAUCUCGAUACUCUUUUGAAAUCGAAAAAGAUCGACGAAAAGUUCAGUCAGUACUUCAUGUAUCAAAUAAUGCGCGGCCUAAAAUACGUCCAUUCGGCCGGUGUACUUCAUCGUGAUCUAAAACCGAGUAAUAUUCUGGUUAAUGAAAACUGCGAUCUCAAAAUCUGCGACUUUGGCCUGGCUCGAGUCCAAGAGAUACAGAUGACCGGCUACGUUUCCACCCGAUACUACAGAGCCCCAGAAGUUAUGCUUAACUGGGGGCGAUACAAUGAAAAAGUCGAUAUCUGGAGUGCUGGCUGUAUCUUCGCGGAGAUGAUCCUAGGGCGACCCAUUUUUCCAGGGAAGAAUCAUAUAGACCAGUUCUGUGUGAUCGUCCAACUACUAGGCACUCCGCCGGAUAACGUCACGGCUAAUGUGACGAAUCAAAGUACUUUGAGUUUUAUCAGGUCGAUCCCCACCCGACCUCGCAAACCUCUAGCAGAGCUUCUGCCCAUCACCGACAGGGAUUCUAUUGGUCUACUGGAGGAGUUGCUUCAGUUCGACCCGGAGAAGCGAUGUUCCGCGGCUAAGGCACUCGAGGCCCGAUAUCUCGCCCUGUAUCAUGACCCAGGUGACGAGCCUGUUGCUGCCGAGAGAUUUGACAUAUCUUUCCUGGAAGCAAACCUAACGGCUGAUGUGUGGAAAAAUAUUACGUAUGGUGAAAUUCUAGGUUACCAUGAGCAAGCCGUAGGGUCGACAGAGGUAACACCGUAUCUCAGCCGGAUGGAUCUCGGUUAA